AUAUUUAUGAGCCGCAGACGAUAUAUGUUAUCGAUACGUCCCUGUCUGAAUUCAGUGUUGGUUAAAGGCAGCAGAAGAAAAGAUACGAAAAAGUAAGGAAAAAACAAAACAAAAGUGCAAUAAAUAGUAAAAAUACAACGCGCAAUAGCGGGCUAGGUGUUAGGCAUAAUAUAACCCACAAUCGCAAAGGCCAGUAAGAGGCCUCAAAAGCAGAACGAAAAAGGCAGCGAAAAAGAUACGAAGAUGAGCGAAGAAGAAGAGAAACAGCAGCAGCAGCAGCAGUCGUGAGCAAUAAUAAUUUUUGUUCUGUGCGCGAGAGUGCAACGAAAAUAUAACAAAAUACACAAAAAUAAAGCAAAAAUUCAGGAAAAGUAAAGGAGAAUCAGCAUAAUAAAAGAUUGCUGAAAAGUGCGCCUUGGCCCACUCUUCCCCCUUACACACACAUCCCCACAUCUUCUGCACCCAAAAAAAGUGUGUGCCUGUGUGUGUGUGUGUGUGUGUGCCUCUCUCUGUGUGCGUGUGUUUGUGUGUGAAAAACAAAAGCCAAAUCGGACCAGAGGCAGACCCCCUAAGAAUAACUGUAUAUCAAGGAAAUGCAAUAUAAAAGGGGAACGCGACGCCGUCGCUGACGCCUGCUGCUGCGCCGUGCUGUAAUCCCCCUGCCCACUCCCCUCAAAUUGUGCAAAGGGGCAAGGGGUCAAAAGGCAACAAACGAAAUACAAAAAAAGAGGUCAAAGGCGCAACACAAAAAAAAAGUUUUUGGCGGCGUGCGGUAACCAAAAGAAUAUACAAAAAAGUGCCAAAAGCAGCUGAGAGAGAGCGCAAAAACAAAAAAAGAACACAAACGUCGCAGUUUUUCUGUAAAAAACAAUAAACGUGAGCCCCGCGCGUGCGUUUGUGCAAGCGAGCAAACAACAAAAAGAAGAAAUACUUAAAGACUCCAAUUAGAAGUCGAUUUUUUUUAUCACAUAACAACAAAAACAACCGAAAAUCAAAGCUGGUUUUAGUCCAAUCAAAAUAUAACGUUUAAACAAGAUCCAAUACGAAUUCUAAACGGAUUCCAAUAAGCAACACAAAAACGCGGCAAAGUAACAAAACGAGAAAAAUACGCAAAAAAAAAAGAGUUAGGCAAAAGCAACAACGAUAAAAGCAGCAGAAGCUGCGCGCCAAAAAUAUUAAAUUCUUUUAAAUAAGAUUUAAUCAAGAAAAGGCUGCAGCAACAAAAACAUCUCAAGUCCAAUUGGAGUUGACUGGACGAGAGACGAGAGAGAGAGAGAGAGAGAGAGUGAGUGAGAGAGCCGACUCCAAAUACCGACACACAAAGAGAGAGUCGCUCUUGUCCAAGGAAAUUUUUGUUGUCUUAGCCGCGCGCUUUGCAUACACCGGAACACACACCAGGACAAUGGCCAAUCCUCGCAAAUUCAGCGAAAAGAUUGCCCUGCAGAAGCAGAAGCAGGCCGAGGGCACGGCAGAGUUCGAGCGGAUCAUGAAGGAGGUGUACGCCACGAAGCGGGACGAGACGCCGGCCACACAAAAGAUACUGGAUUGCCUGGGUGGCGGUCAGGAGGUAAGCCAUUCCUCGCCAGGAGCGGGAAACGGCACGGGUGGAGGGGGGGGAGGCAGCGGUUCCGGCAGUGGGGCCAGCGGCGGGGGAGCAUCGCCAGAUGGCAUUGCCGGAGGAGGAUCACCGACAGCCUAUCGUGAGUCGCGGGGACGCAGCGUGGGCGUGGGACCCAUGAGGAGACCCUCGGAACGGAAGCAGGAUCGCUCGCCCUACGGCAGCAGCAGCACCACGCCACAGACGAUGGACAAUGGCCAGCCAAAUCCACACCUGCUCGGUCCCCCCACGUCGGACAGUCUGUGGCGCCGCUCCAGCUCGGACUCGGCGCUCCACCAGAGCCUCAACAUGGCCGUGGCCGCCGAGGCGGGGGGCUUCGGCACGGACAUGAACGCGCUGCACGCCAACUACCUGCAGCAGUCGCCGCUCCACCAGCAACAGCAGCAGCAACAGACAGUCCACCAACGAUCUCACUCGCCGCACCACCACAUAGGCCGCAGCUUCAGUCCGCAGGCGCAGCGGAGAAAGCCGCCCACGCUGCAGCCCCACCAGCUGCAGCUGCAGCAACAGCAUCAGCAGCUUCUGCAGCAGCACCAGAUGCACCAACAGCUGCAGUUGCAGCUUCAGCAGCAGCAACAGCACCAGCACCAACAUCUGCAACAUCAACAGCAGCAGCAGCAACAUACCACGCCAUACAACGCCAAAUUUUCCAACUCACUGUUUCGUCCGCUCCAGGAUCAGGCCAACUACGCCAACACCGGCUCCCUGCCCGAUCUCACCGCGCUACAGAACUAUGCCCCCCAGCAACAGCACCAGCAGCAGCAGCAGCAGCAACAGCCACCGCAGCAACAACAGCAGCAGCAGCAGCAACUGCAACAAACCCUUUCGCCUGUCAUGUCACCGCACAAUCACAGACGCGACCGGGAUCAGUCGCCCAGUCCGUUUAGUCCAGCAGGAGGAGGAGCAGGAGGUCCUGGCUCGCCCUACCAUCAGCAGCAACACUCGCCCACGUCCGCCAAUGCGACGGGAACUGGAACGGGAACAAACACCACGACGCAGCAGCCCUCCACAUCGCCUCAUCUGUCAUUCACGAACCUGGCCACCAAUCAGGCGGCAGCGGCUAGCGGCACGUUCAGUCCGCUGCCCACCCUGGGGCCACACAACAGCUCUGCGUCCUCGGCCAACCUCACCGACUACCGCCAACCACCGAAUCCGCCUAGUCCACGCUCCUCGCCGGGUCUUCUGAGCAGCGUAUCCGCCACGGAUCUGCACUCGAGCGCCCCGGCCAGCCCCAUCCGCCAGCAGCAGCAGCAGCCAUCGCCGUCGCAGUCGCAGCAGCAGCAGUCCCAACAGCAGCAACAGCCGCAGCAGCAGUUCGAUGCCUCCUACAACAGUCUGAAUACCUCGUUUCACAAUCAGUUUGAGAUCUUCUCGCUGGGCGACAGCAACUCGUCGCCGGAACAGCAGGGAUUCGCCAACAAUUUUGUGCCCCUGGACUUUGAUGACCUGAGUGGCGGCGGUCCCGGCGGCAGUAGUGGCAAUGGAGGAGGUGGUCUGACCAACGGCUCCAAUGGUCCCUAUCACAACAAGGAGCUGCUAGACUUUAACGAGUUGAGCGGCAGUCCCGAGGGUGGGGCGAACAACAACAACCUGAGGAGGCUGAACAACAACCUGAACAACAAUGGGCACAGCAAUGGCGUGGGAUCGCCGCACAAUGGCAGCACAAACCUAAAUGGAGCCGCCAACAACAAUAGCAGUAGCACCGCUGGCGGUGGAUCGAACGGCGGCGGUGAGCCUCUGACCAUUGUCGCCUCGCCAAUACCCUCGCCAUUAGGAUGCCCCAGCUCGCCGCUGCCUAUACCCAUGUCGGGACAGUCUUCGCCGCAGCAUCAGCAGCACCACCAUCAUCAUCAUCAGCAGCAGCAGCAGCAGCAACAACAUCAGCAACACCACCACCAGCAACAACAACAACAACACCAGCAGCAGCAGCAAUUGUCGCUCUCGUUGCACCACUCGCCACAUCACUCGCCGAUGCACUCGCCGCAUCACACAAACUCGCCGCUUUCAAGCAGCUCGCCGGUUAGUAAUAACGCCUGCAACUCCAAUGUACUAAUGAUGAACCAACAGCAUCAACAGCAACAGCAGCAGCAACAACACCACCAGCCACAGCAGCAGCAGCAGCACCACCAUCAUCACCAUCAGACCAACGCGACUGCGAAUAUACCGGCGAUCAUAUUCAGCGAUUACUCCUCAAAUGCGGACUUUUCGCGCGAGAUCUUUGACUCGCUGGACCUGGAUCUCGGCCAGAUGGAUGUGGCCGGCCUGCAGAUGCUGUCCGACCAGAAUCCCAUAAUGAUUGCCGAUCCCAAUAUCGAGGAUAGCUUCCGGCGCGACCUCAACUGAUACUAUGAGGAGGCUGUUGCGGCCAUCGAGAGCGGAGUGCUGCUGGAGGACACCUUCGAGGCGCUGCUGGACUCCGUACCGGUGUCUGCUGUCCUUCCGCCCACUAGCAGCAGCAGCAGCAGUGCGGAGGCAGCAGCAACAGCCGCGGAUAGGGAUAAGAAGGAGCUGGAGCUGGAGGCGGUGGAACUGCUCGUACCUGGGGUGAUGGAUGAUCUGGUUGACUCCAGCGACCUGGACGAGGAGGUGCGAAAUUUCUUCCUCUAGGUAUAUCGCCAUGUUUAUCGUUAUUGUUCUCGUUAUCGUUAUCGUUAUCGUCAUCGUCCGUGCUUUUGUAGUUAGAUCUUAAACAACAAAUCGUUAACCCCCUAAGUGUACUUGAGUGUCUUUUUACACCAAUCCCCCCCCUCCCAAACAACAACAACGCACCCCUUAAAGGAAGAAGAGAGAAAAUAUUAAAUCAAUUUUACAGCGAGUCUCAGAUUUUACUUAACUACGCACAUAAGAUCACUCUUUAAAAACUCUACUUAAACUCUCAUUUCUGUAUAUACCUAAAAAUAUCUUUAAAAAAAAAAGGAAAAGAUAUAAAAAGAAAACGAAAAAAAAAAACAAAAACAAAAAACCGACUAAGGAUUGAAACCAAAAAGUGUCUUAGACCAACGACCAAAAUUAUAUUCUCUAUACAAGAAGGAAAGAUGAAACCGGGAAGCGGAGCGGAAACGGAAACGUAAACGUAAACGUAAAUGGAACUAAGCAACAAUUCCUGUACAUUAUCCAACUAUUCUAGCUAUGCAGAUAUCAAAUCUAUACCUUUUGCCAGUUUAUAUUUGUAUUCUGUUCACGAUCCAGCAACACAACCUACAUAUAUACACCUAUUAUAUAGAAGUGUAAAGUAAAACCUUAUCCAUAUAAUCCCAAUGUGCCGUCGAAGCAAUUACUAGUAUUUAAGACCGCAUAAACGAUACCCCGAUCCGAUACCGAUCCAAUCCAGUGCUGUAAAGUUUAUAUUUAAAGCCCAGCCCUCCUCCAAUCGCCAAGCACUGUUCGAAUACAACACGAUUUAAUACAUUCGAGAUCCUUUCUUCAUAAACGCAGUAUCACAAAACAAAUAAACGAGUAUAUAACAAACAGACAUAUACAUAUAGCUAAAUAAAUAAAUACAUAUAUAUAGUGAAUAGACCCGGCAGGAAGAUAUAGCGGUCCUCAGGCACAAGUGCAGCUCACAAUUGGAACAACCGGUUCCAAGCAGUGUCCUGCAACGACAAAUUUUACGAAGCAAGAAUCAAAAUAUGUAACGAACUCAAAACUAGAAAAAGGAAAAAACAGAAACCAUUUUUACUACCUACCAAUCUUUAACCUGAAUAAACAAAAUAAAUAGAUAGAUAUUAAAGAUAUUUCCAAAACGUUUCUCAACACUUACAACAAAGUCUACCAAUACUGUGUUUAUACGAAGCCGAUUUCAUUAACCAUUUUACGCAAUUUAGGGGCUUACGUGUGAGCUGUUGACGUCAAGAUACGCAUGUUAUUGAAAGGCGACAAUAUGCACACGAACGGUUCGGUGACACGUGUCUCGCGUUAUGCUGCUGCGCCUCUCGGCUGGUUGGUUGGUCGGGGCGGUGAACUUCGUUCUGCCAGGGAUCCUGGAUGGAUGGGAUGGUCGUAUUUGAACCUAGCCUAACAAAACUAUAAGUACACAUUUUAUGAAUUAAUGAACAAUAGACACAAGACUCGGGAUAGGCCCUUUUAUUUAUUACUAGGCCUCUAGGAGGAAACUCUACAGAACAGAUCCAGAUGCUGCAGAGAGUAGCAAAACCUCAUAAAAUCGUCUUUCAUUUGAUUCAGGGACUCGUGAAAUGCCUCGUAUAAGCAUUGUAUAAAAUUUGUUAGUUUUAUUCAAUUCAAUACCUAAGGGAAAAUUUAAUGUCCUGCAAGAAACAAUAAGGAGAGUGGAAUAGUUAGGAUAUACAGCGAUCCGAAGCCCCAUAUAAUAGACAUUGUUUAUAGAUAAUACAAGCGCCUCGUCCCCACCCACCCCCACCCCGAACACCCCAAGACCCCUCAUUGCUAAUCUACUUAAUAAAUGUAACAAAAACAAAAAAAGAAGCCACACAAAACUAAAAAAAACUUCUAAAGUGCAAAAAGGAAAUGUUUUAUCUGAUUCGAGUACCAGAACUUAUACAUACAUAUAUAUGCAUGUAUCUAAAGAUAAUCUAAUUGUUAAUAUUAGUAACCGCGAUGUUUUUUUGCAAGAUUUCCCCCUUUUUUUUAUUAUCGAUGUAAAACCCUAGUUAUAAACUAAACUUAAAUGCGAGGAAAAAGCAAAAUCUUUACAGGCGAAAACACACAAGAAAAAAAUCAACAAAAAAAAACAAUGAUGAAGAGACGAAAUAUAUAAUUAUAAAUGUAAUUUAUGUGGGCAACGCGCAAAAAUAUGAAAUAUACACAAAAACAAAACAAACAAAAAAAGAAAUAUAAAUCUUUUGUCCUUGCUGUUUUGUGUUAAACGAAAAACAUACUUAUAAAUAAAUAAAAAAAAUGCAACAAAAAACUUAAAGAAAUAUAAUAAUAAUAAUAACUAUAAUGGUUAAGAAAGUGAAAUUCUAAUUAUAAAUUAUACUAUUAUUAUACAAAUAUGAACUAAGUAAUUGUGUAUGUAAUAUAUGAUUACACUUAUGAAAUAACGUCGAUAAAAAUCAACUACAGCAACAAACAAGAAACCAGAGGAGAAUCAGCCAUAAGAUUAUAUUCAAUGUAAUAACACAGUUAUUUGUUUCAAAUAAAUCUUAAAUUUGAUUUUAAAGUCCAAGAAA